AUGCUGAACUUGGCCCGCAACACCCUCAAGCGUGUCCCGAGUUUUCAGGAAAUCCUCCAGAGCGCUACCGGAUUCACCAUGACCAAGGAAGAGAUCAACAUCGACGUUCUCGUCAUUGGCGCUGGACCCACGGGUCUCGGUGCUGCGAAGCGUCUCAACCAGAUCAAUGGCCCCUCGUGGAUGAUCAUCGACUCUAACCCCGUUCCUGGUGGUCUCGCCUCGACCGACACCACCGACGAGGGCUUCCUGUACGAUGUCGGUGGCCACGUUAUCUUCUCUCACUACAAGUACUUCGAUGACUGCAUCGACGAGGCUCUCCCCAACGAGGCCGACUGGUACACCCACCAGCGUAUCUCCUACGUCCGUUGCCAGGGCCUCUGGGUCCCGUACCCGUUCCAGAACAACAUUUCCAUGCUGCCCAAGGAGGAGCAGGUGAAGUGCAUGGACGGCAUGAUCGACGCUGCUCUUGAGGCUCGUGUUUCCGGCACCAAGCCCAAGGACUUCGACGAGUGGAUUGUCCGCAUGAUGGGUACCGGCAUUGCCGACCUCUUCAUGAGGCCGUACAACUACAAGGUCUGGGCCGUGCCCACCACCAAGAUGCAAUGCCAGUGGCUCGGCGAGCGUGUCGCUGCCCCCGAUCUCAAGAACGUUACCAAGAACGUCAUUCUCCAGAAGACUGCUGGUAACUGGGGUCCCAACGCCACCUUCAAGUUCCCCGCCCGUGACGGCACCGGUGGUAUCUGGAUCGCCGUUGCCAACACCCUCCCCAAGGAGAAGACCCGCUUCGGCGAGGACUCGACCGUCACCAAGGUCGAGGCCGCUGCCAAGAAGGUCACCCUCAAGGACGGCACCGUCGUCAAGUACAAGCAGCUCGUCAACACCAUGGCCCUUGACCACCUGGCUACGGCCAUGGGCGACAAGGAGCUCUACGGCCUCACCCAGCAGCUCUACUACUCCAGCACCCACGUCAUUGGUGUUGGUAUCCGUGGUGAGCGCCCUGAGCGCAUUGGUGACAAGUGCUGGUUGUACUUCCCCGAGGACAACUGCCCCUUCUACCGUGCCACCAUCUUCUCCAACUACUCCCCCUACAACCAGCCUGAGGCUUCCAAGAAGCUCCCCACCCUUUACACCGCCAGCGGUGAGAAGGGCAGCUCUGAGGCCAAGGAGGGUCCCUACUGGUCCAUCAUGCUGGAGGUUUCCCAGUCCGGCAUGAAGCCCGUUGAUGAGGCCAACCUCCUCAAGGACUGCAUUCAGGGUCUUGUCAACACUGAGAUGCUCAAGCCCACUGACGAGAUCGUCUCUACUUACCACCGCAAGUUCGACCACGGCUACCCCACCCCCAGCCUUGAGCGUGACGGCGCGUUGAAGCAGAUUCUGCCCCGUCUUCAGGCUCAGGACAUCUGGUCGCGUGGUCGCUUUGGCUCCUGGAAGUACGAAGUCGGAAACCAAGAUCACUCUUUCAUGCUGGGUGUCGAGGCUGCCGACAACAUCGCCACCGGCGCUGUCGAGCUCACGCUCAACUACCCCGACUUCGUCAACGGCCGCCAGAACACCGAGAGGCGCCUGGAGGCCGGUCCUCAGUACUGGAAUGUCAUGAGCGGCGGUCGCUAA